AUGAUGUGAAAGAAGAGAUGUUGGGGAAGAGUAAGAGAUGUGAAGAGAAGACUGGACCACAUGUCUACAUCAACCUGCAGAGGAUUGGAGACGUCCAGCAGCUGAUCGGUAAUCCAGAAGAAGUUUCCCCUCAGUUAGGGAGGAGCUCCACUUUGAAGCAGGAGACUCCACAACCACCCUGCAUUAAAAAGGAAGAGGAGGAACUCUGCAUCACUCAGGAGGGAGAGUGUCUUCUAGGACGAGAGGAAGCUGAUUACACCAAGUUUCCACUGAGUAUUCUCUCUGUGAAGACUGAAGAUGAUGAAGAGAAACCACAAUUAGACAACCUCUUAGCUCCACUAUCAGAUAGUGAGGUUGAAGACGAGGUUGAAGAACCUUUGAGCAGCGAUAAAGACUGUGAAGGCGAUAUGAGGACUCACACUGACAACAAACACUCUGAAUGCUCUACAAAGAAGAGAGACGUCCAGCAGCUGAUCGGUAAUCCAGAAGAAGUUUCCCCUCAGUUAGGGGGGAGCGCCACUUUGAAGCAGGAGACUCCACAACCACCCUGCAUUAAAAAGGAAGAGGAGGAACUCUGCAUCACUCAGGAGGGAGAGUGUCUUCUAGGACGAGAGGAAGCUGAUUACACCAAGUUUCCACUGAGUAUUCCCUCUGUGAAGACUGAAGAUGAUGAAGAGAAACCACAAGUAGACAACCUCUUAGCUCCACUAUCAGAUAGUGAGGCUGAAGAUGAGGUUGAAGAACCUUUGAGCAGCGAUAAAGACUGUGAAGGUGAUAUGAGGACUCACACUGACAACAAACACUCUGAAUGCUCUACAAAGAAGAGAGGUAAAACAUGUUUGAGCUGCUCAGUUUGUGGCAAAAGCUUUUCUCAAAAUAGCUAUUUGACUCAACACAUGAGAACACACACCAGUGAAAAACCUUAUAAUUGUUCAGUGUGUGGCAAAAGCUUUUCUCAAAACAGCAGUUUGACUCGACAUAUGAGAACACACACAGGUGAAAAACCAUUUAAUUGUUCAGUUUGUGGCAAAAGAUUUUCUCAAAAUGGCUCUUUGACUCAACACAUGAGAGCACACACAGGAGAAAAACCAUUUAACUGUUCAGUUUGUAGCAAGAGCUUUUCUCAACAUGGCUCUUUGACUCAACACAUGAGAACACACACAGCUGAAAAAACAUUUAAUUCUUCAAUUCGUGGCAAAAGCUGUUCUGUUAAGAGAAUAUUGACUCGGCACAUGACAACACACUGGACAAAGACCAUUUAAUUGUUCAGUUUGUGGUAAAAGCUUACAUCAAAUCAGCUCUUUGUGGCGGCACAUGAGAACACACGCUGGAGAAAAACCAUUUAAUUGUUCAGUGUGCUAGAAAAGGUUCCCACAUAAUGCAGACGCAGUAAAACACAUAAGAACCCACAAGGGAAAAUAACCAAUUAGCUGUUUAGUUUGGGGUAUGUUGCUCAUAUGUGGUGACAUCCACCCUACCCAGGACCUCCUCACUGCUUCUUUCACAAAUAUCUGAGGUAUUCAUACAAACUUGGAUUAUUUGGAGCAUAAUCUUAUCCACUCAUGACCCCAUGUCUUCUCUGUAUCAGAAACCUUCCUGAACAGUAAGAUAGAUGAUGCUUCAAGUGCUUGGUUACUCCUUCUUCAGUCCAGGGACCUGGGGCCUCAUGUGUCAAGUUUGUGCACGCUCAAAAACCUGCACUACACCC